GGGGCAGGGCCUGUGGUUGCCAGGCGCUGGGUCACUUGUGUGGGAAGUGCUGAAAUUUCAACGCGUCACAGCCGCGUUACGCACGGAUCACACGCAGAUUCUGAUCGCUGACGAGCUCGAGGUAACGACGCAUUUAACGGCGGCACUUUAAGCCGAGAACUAGUCCUCUGCUUGAUAACUCAGCAGCUCAGCAGCUAACUAACUACCCCAGCAGCAGCCCGUUAGCGAGCGACACUCGCGCGUCCGCAUCUCAGGGCUCGGAUAUUAACACUUCUGAUCGAGCUGAUCGAUCACUCAAUGAUCAUGGAGAGGAAGAGGACGGACUGUCCGGCGCUUCCACCCGGCUGGAAGAAGGAAGAAGUGAUCCGGAAGUCCGGGCUGAGCGCUGGGAAGAGUGAUGUGUAUUAUUACAGUCCCACAGGAAAGAAGUUCCGCAGUAAACCGCAGCUAUCCCGCUAUCUGGGGAACUCGGUGGAUCUGGGAUGUUUCGACUUCCGCACGGGCAAAAUGAUGCCCAGCAAGAUGCAGAAGAACAAGCAGAGACUGCGCAGUGACAACCUCAGCCUGAGCAAGGGGAAGCCGGAUCUGAACACGGCGCUGCCCAUCAGACAGACAGCCUCCAUCUUCAAACAGCCGGUAAACUAAAAAUCACAACAACAACAAAAACAAAACAAAAACACAAC